AUGUCCACGCAUCGUGACGCUACGAGCCCGAAGCGGUGCGGCGAGCAGCCGCCGCCUUAUUCUAGCCAUGACGGUACCACGUCGGUCAUCAGAUCAGGCUUCGUGCUCGAGUCGCACAGCAGAGUCGAAUACGGCGGUAAAAUGCACCCGCUGAUAGCGGCUGCGUACCACAAUCGCACUAAGAGUCCGCUCUGUCGCCUCCCGGACGGCGCUCUGCUCCGACUCCUCCAGCUCGUCGACCGAGUGACUCUCGAAUGUCUUCGUCGCUGCAGCCGCGUCUUUCUUCGCCUUUCUCCGGGCGCCUAUAGCCACGUCAAGGACAUCGGGUUGUCCAAAGGCUGGAAACGACCCCAACCUGAGGAGCGAGAAGGCUUGCUAGCCUUGCUAUCCCGAGAUGAAUACUGCAGCGAUUGCCUGUUGGCCCGCAACGCAAAUGACUGGCAAGAGAGGGUCCGGAGAACGACUCAAAUCUACCUCCACUGCUCCGGCUGUCAAGCAGAUCACCCUGCCUGUCUCUUCUCGGCCUCGCAGCGCCGAAACCCACCCGCCGUCCGGAUCUGCAUUGGGCAUGAAGGAUUUGUACAACUGUGCGAGCAUAGGUCGGUACCAUGGUCGUACGUGGCAGCCUGGGCGAGGCACUCGACGUCCACGCUCAAAGUCAUCGGGCGAUGCCUUUGCAGCAGUCAUGUGCAAGCCUGUAGGAAGCAUCGUCGCUUUUUUGGGCUCGGCCCCCCUCGCACUCGCCUGCCUUUCUACCCGGCCAUCAUUUUAGGACGGGGUGAGGAGGAAACAAAGGAGGGGAAGACGGUGUACUUGGAUUUGUCAUUGAUCUGGUUGACCGAAGUUCGGAUUCCGAUGACACCACAGGGGGUCUUCCGGCCGGAAGAUUUCUUCCAACACAUCCGAAGGCUACGCAAGCAAGGGGCACAGUAUAUCUGCCCCCAGCUCAGUCCCGGACAGAUGCCCGGGUCCCGGUUGUUUGACCCAACCCGCUGCGAUUGUCUUGAAUACGAAGGUCGGGAGCAAACCGGCUGGCCUCGUCCUCCCACCAAAUGGCGGGAGCGGUCAGGCUGUCGUGCCAAUCCGGCACUCGGCCUUCGGCUAAGAAGCCAGGCAGAGGAUGAGCCGAAACAUUUCCGACGCAGCUUGAUAUACAAAUCACUUCAGCACUGCUACGUCACCGUGACGCAGGACUCGCCAGACAAGGACGGUCGUAUUCUAGGUCCCGUGGCCAGGACCGAUGUCGGACUCUGCAACGACAGCACAAACUGCGUUCAAAUCCGGCACAUUAACACGAUUAAAAUAGAAUACACUGAUGGCACGCUUGGGCCUAUGAACCAUGGAUGGUACCACAGUCUUGAUCCUCGAUCUUAUGGUCUUACGGCCGACGGGGACGGUUAUGCCGUCUACUGGUGCAAGUCCAACAGCUGCAGAAACUACCACCGGACGACGACUACGACGACGACGACGACGACGACGACGACGACGAUGCCGACGGUGUGGGAGGUGCUUGGCGGCAUUGCCGCCAUCUUUGGCGUAGUGGGUUUUAUCGCCCACUGGGGGUGCCGUUUUUGGUUCCGCCACUUCCGCCGCAUCCACGCUCGGCCCGGCACUGGCCACGCCUCCGGCGACGGCAUCGACCUUGAGGCCGCCGUCCUGGCCUCUGGACCCCCUGCCCCAUCCAUACCCCCUCCCGUCGCCAUCCCUCCGUUGAACCUCUUCCCCCCUCCCGCUGCCCCCUCCGCUGCCCCCGCCGUCACUGCCCCCGCCGUCGCCGCCGUCACUGCCCUCUCUGAGGUGCAGCCGGACGUCCUCCGAGGCCGUCAACCUUCGGGACGAAAAGAGAGCGAGGUAGAAGUUUAG